CAGUUUGUUUAAUCCCGGCUUUUCUGUCGCGUUCACAUUCUAUCUUUCACACCAUUAUUCUCCAUAAGCGCCGACAUUCCGGCGAUGAGUGCAGCGAUUACAAUGCUUCAGAGCCGCCGCCUUCAGCGGCCAACUCACGUCACUCGCUCUACUGACGCACUUGCGCGACUUCCCCCUACAAAAUCUCUACGUAGGCGCCGAGCUCCAAACUCCUGGCCAAAUAGCCCCUUGUCCUCCCACCUACUUGAGCCUCAAGAGCCUCAUCCGCCUUUUAUUUGAUUGUCAAAUUACCAGCACCAAACGCCUACAGGCGCCCUGGCCCACCCUUGCCCGCUGAAACCAAGUGGAUUUCAUGCUUAGCCUUUUGUAGAUUUUUAACCGCCGAGGUAACGACAUGGAGAACAUCAGGCGCGAGGUCUUGGCUGCCUACGAGAGCGAAUAUCGUCGCCUCGCCGAUGUUUACGAGGAGAAAACUCAGCGUAUGCGUCUCCUAAACGAGACGCUGGGAUACGGCGUCAAUCACCGUAGCACUGGGUCCGUCAUAAAUACUGACGAACAUCGCUCGGCAUUGCGCCGAUUUGAGACUUUGGCCGGGGAGAUAACAGACCUCGAAACCAGGGUAGAUGCGGCACGCGCCCAGCGGCCUUCCCGACAUGCAGAUGAUGCCGAACAACCUGUGCAGCUCACCGAGCAGUUGCUCCAGCUUUCUGAUAUGCGCCAUAGACUCGAGGAGGCUGCUGGGGAAUUCGAUGAAAUCAUGGGACAGGAGCUGCAGGCCGAGCAUGAUCAGCAGCGAAUGACGGGAGGCGCCGCACAAGCUGCCAAGCUAGAGCUGAGCAUUCUCGAAACUUCCACAACGUGUACUGCGAUGUUGCUGCAGCAACUGAGUGACAAGAUCAACCGGUGGCGUUUUAUGUCGAGGCAAAUGGCCCCGAGAGCAGGUAUCGUCGACCGUGGCGAGCGCGGAGGAGAGAGUGACGCUCAAAGCGUCCGCAGCGGGUUUACAAGAGCCUCCGGAAUCGGUGCCGGUCCUGCACAGGGACGUUCAGGAGGCCCCUUUGACGAACCAGGAAUGCUCGUAGCGGACUCGAGUGUUUUUCUCGCAGCGAUGGAAGGCAACGGAGAUAUCUCCUUUGACGAACCCGGGGUUGUGAUUUUCAGCUGGGCAGGUCGCAACAACAGCCCUGCUGCUACUGCUGCACCAGGUGUGCAUAUCAACCAAUGCCAAGGGCCCCCUGGCGCUGGCCAUGGCUUUCCACGAGGACCAGGUGGUUCUGGUCCUCCGGAUAGUAUCUUUUGAGAGGUAACAUCAUGGCUCAUUUGGAGUCACAACAUAGAUUUUUGGCUGGCUAGGAUGACGAGAUAUCAGAUCCCCUGUCCUAUCUUUAGUCGGCAAAAAAAUGUGUACCCGAAGGGACGCAAUUGUCAUGCAUGGCCAGAAUUAACAUAGUAAAGGAUUGCCAAGCUACAAAUUUCCAUACUGAGAGUAGGGGAAUUAGGGGCAAAUUUCUGGAGCACACUGUUGAAGCAGCGGGUGCCAGGUAAUUCGUGAC